AUGAGGGCUACUUGUAAAGUGAAAGGAUGUCCAUGGGUGGUGUAUGCAUCAAGGGAUCAUGAAGAUACUUGUUGGCAAAUAAAGACUUUCGUUAAUGAUCAUACAUGCCCAAGGGAGGAUAAGAACAUGGCAGCUAACAGAAAUUGGGUGGCGAGCAAACUAGUCAAGAAGGUUAGGAAGUACCCAAAUUUCAAGCACUGUGAUGCUACCACUUACUUCAAGUCAAGGUUUGACUUGUCCUUGAACAAGAACUCAAUAUCAAGGGCCCUCUUAGAUGUAAGAAAUGUGGUGUUCGGGGAUGAAAAGGAACAAUACAAAAUGCUGCAGGAUUAUAGUCUUACACUUCUUAAGACUAAUCCUGGAUCAACAGUUGAAAUUUGUUGCACUCCCCAACCUCAAUCUGAUCCAGUGUUUGAGAAAAUAUAUGUGUGCUUGAAUGGAUGCAAGAAUGGUUUCAAAUUCGGAUGCCGGCCGUUGAUUGGGCUGGACGAAAACAAGGAGAAUUGGAAGUGGUUUCUUGAUUUGCUACACCAAGACCUUGGAGACUAUAGGCAAUAUGGGUGGUGCUUUAUAUCUGACAUGCAGAAGGGAACUGGUUUGUUGCCGGCAAUGGAAGAGGUGAUGCCAUGGGUUCAUCACUGCUUUUAUGUUUGGCACUUGUGGAGGAAUUUUAACAAACAAUGGAAGGAUUUACAACUAAGAUCUUUGCUGUGGGAGUGUGCACGAGCCACCACGUAUCAAGAGUUCAGAGACAAUAUAGACAAGAUCAAGCACAUCAACCAGGAUGCAUGGGAAUAUCUAUCACAGUGGGGAGGAGAACAUUGGACCAGGAGUCAAUUCAGUCACAGGCCUAAAUUGGAUAGCAUAUGUAAUAAUGUGUGUGACGUAUUCAACUCAAAAAUUAAAGAGGCCAGGGCCAAGCCAAUCAUUACUUUACUUGAAGGUGUGAGAAUGUUUGUCAUGAGAACAAUAGCGAAGAACAAACCUAAAUUAGCUAAUCAUGUGGGUAAAGUUGCCGCCGUAAUUCACAGUCGUUUGGAGAAAGUGAGAAAAGAGUCAAAACAUUGGCACCUAAUAUGGACAGGUGAUACUGGUUAUGAGAAAUUUGAGGUACAUGGUUAUCCAGCCAACCAUGUUGUUGAUCUAGGAAAGCACCUUUGCACGUGUCAAUUUUGGAUGCUGACAGGUUGA